CACACACUCCCUCAUUCACACACACACAGCCAAUACACAGGGCUUUACUAGUGACUAAGCUAGAGUACAGGGCGAUUCCUGUCUCCACAUAAACACUAAGAGACUGAGAUAUGGGCAAAACACUUUCGCAAAGUUCAGUACAUCUUUAAUAAGCUCUUAUACUUUCAAAAAACAUUUUUUUUGGCAUGCAUUUUUUGGGUAUUAUCCUACUGAAUCCUGAAACGACAUCACCAACAUCGGAUGAUUGGUAAUGGAGGACUUCGCUGUGCUCACUCCUGACGCUGCGUGGAAAUGAUUUUAACAGGCACCGACUAACACGGAGAGAAGAGAGAGCUGUUGAUGCGCAUUCGGACUUAGUUGAAACCUUUUUUCGGGAAAUCUGAACCUGACUCUGAGGAUUUCAGAAGAAGAGAAGGAACUUUCUGGUUGUGUGUGUAUAUAUACAUACAUAUAUAUAUUUAUAUAAAAAACAUAUAUUUUUUUAUUUUAAAUCAGACUGAAUCACAAAGGAUAUUAACCACGCACCAUGCCGAGCUCAACCAUCCGGAGGCAGAUGAAAAAUGUGGUCAAUAACUAUUCGGAAGCAGAAAAAAAGGUCAGAGAGGCGACCUCCAACGACCCCUGGGGGCCCUCCAGCUCGCUGAUGUCUGAGAUCUCCGACCUGACGUACAACGUGGUGGCCUUUUCCGAGAUCAUGAGCAUGAUCUGGAAAAGGCUGAACGAUCACGGCAAGAACUGGCGGCACGUGUACAAGGCGCUGACGCUUCUCGACUACCUGAUCAAGACCGGCUCGGAGCGCGUGGCCCUGCAGUGCAAGGAGAACAUCUUCGCCAUCCAGACGCUUAAAGACUUCCAGUACGUCGACCGCGACGGGAAAGAUCAGGGCAUCAACGUGAGGGAGAAGUCCAAGCAGCUGGUGGUUCUGCUUAAGGAUGACGAUCGGCUGAAGGGCGAGCGCUCGCAGGCCCUGAAGACCAAAGAGCGCAUGGCGCAGGUAGCCACCAGCGUCGGCGGGAGCAGCCACCAGAUCGGAUUCGGCCGCGGAUCCAGCCAGCCGAACCUCUCCACCAGCUACUCGGAGGAGUACGGCAGGUCCGAGGGCUCGCCCGCGUCGUAUCACGGAUCCACCUCCCCCAAUGCGUCAUCAGAGCUAGAGCAGGCGCGACCGCAGACAAGCGGAGAGGAGGAGUUACAGCUGCAGCUCGCCCUGGCCAUGAGCAGAGAGGCGGCGGAGCAGGAGGAGAGGAUGCGGCGCGGGGAUGACCUGCGGCUUCAGAUGGCCCUGGAGGAGAGCCGUAAAGACUCUGUAAAGAUGCCCAAAAAGAAGAAAGAGCCUCAGUCUUCUUUAAUGGAUCUGUUAGACGUGGUCCCUGGAGGUCCCGCUGAUCCUUGGGGGGCUGGAGGUGGAGCUGGAGCAUCAGCCGCAGGAGCAGCAGCAAAAGCAAAAGCAGCCCCGGCCUCAGACCCCUGGCAAAGCUACGGUGGUGCCACUAAUCCAGCAACUCCUGUGGAUCCCUGGGGUCUGCCAGCAGCUGUCCCAUCAGUCUCUCCCAUAAAGAACAGUGACCCCUGGGGGUCAAGCCCCGCUCCUGCAGUGGCUGAUCCAUGGGGCUCGGGGCCUGCCACUCGUCCCACAGCCCCUGGCCCAGGGUCUUUCGAUCUCUUCUCCACAUCAAAUGGUACCUCCAAGAAUGACCUGGAGGAUUUCGACAGUCUUCGCUCUUCAGUGAUGUCAGUUGGUGUGAAGGGAAGCUCGGUAGGACCCUUACAGACCAGCAAGUCUGCCAGCCCUGACCUGUUCGACCUGCAAGCUAGUGCCGCAACCAGAAAAACCCCCGAGUCUUUCCUGGGUCCUAAUGCAGCCCUGGUUAACCUGGACUCUCUGAUUACCAAGCCCGCUCAGCCAGCUCCCAUCUCUAACCCUUUCCUAGCUGGAGGAACUCCCGCCCCUGCUCCUCCAGCUCAGGUCAACCCAUUCCAGGUGAACCAACCACAGCCUCCCACUCUCAACCAAAUGAGAGUAAGCCCUAUGAUGGGCAUGACGAGCCAGGGUUUUGGUGGCCUCGCCGUCCAGGGAUUUAGCAGCCUGCCACCGAGAAGCGACGAACCCAUGCCCUUGUCCUCUCUGGCACCCGCUGGAGCUCUGGGCAUAAGUGGGCCUGUGGGUGGCAUGGCUCCUAUCGCUUCAAUGGGUCAAAUGAUGCCAGGCAUGGCCAUGCCAGCCUCCAUGUCAGCACCGCAGCCGCUCAUGAGUGGUGUGCACCCGGCCGUGGGCACCGCAACUCAGGCUACUGGUCCUACUAACCCCUUCCUGUUGUGAGGAACAUUAUAGGCUCUCGUUGCCUGUCUGCCUCUCCCGACUCCUUUCCUUAUAUAUAGUAUGGACAGCAUACUGUUGUGUCCCCGCCCCCUAAACCAAUGUGCUAUUUUGAGACUUUCUGGAGUAGCAGUGGUGUUUACAGUUUUUACAUUGGCAGGAGACGCCGUCUUCGGCGGUAGGUACCAUAGAGUGAUUGGUAUUUUUAUUUUUCUAAAUUUACUCGAAUGGACUGCCAGAGAUUGAUUACUGUGUCUCUCUCUCUCUCUCUCUCUCUCUCUCUCUCUCGGUGUGACUUUUUCUCUCACCACUCUUCAGUCUACAGUCGCUUCCUGAAAGACGGCCUUUGUGCUCGGGAGGCGUUCGGAUUUUUAACUUUCGCUUCGAUCGCUCGUUUUCUUAACGGAGGCUUAAAACUCGUAAAGCUCUCUCUCGUUCUCUUUGUUUAAUUUUCUAAUUUUCAGUAUUUUAAAGCUGUAUAAUUGCAAGAAGAAGCAAAAAAAAAAAAAAAGGAAAAAAAAAGCUAACCCGUUUUAAUCAAAACAGCCUAUAUGUCCUACCCGGUGCAUAUACACUAUGUGUAUUUUACAGUACAAGUAGACAAAUUUUAGAAGACACUAUCAGUUUACAUGGUAAUAAUUUUGAUGUUCUAAGCAGGGAUUUUGCACACACUCUUUUUUGUUUUUGUUCCUUGUUUUUUGACUGUUGGCUCACCGUUAGACCUUAGCUCGACUCUGAUCAAUCUGGUUUUCUUCUUUUUUUUUCUUUUUUUUUUGGAGAAUUUUAUCCAUGUGAUCAUCGGCCCGUUUCAACGAUUUAAAAUUUUAACGCGUCAGAAGAUUAACCUUUUUCACACUUUAGCUUAGGAGAUUUUUAACGCGUGGGUUCGGCAACCUUAUCAUGCCAUGGCUCGAGUUUUAUAAAUGUAUAUAGAAAUCCUGUCUGUGACACUUUGAAGUUUUUUUGUUUUUUUUUCUUCUUUGGGUUCCUUACGGUUCCUUCAUUACUGCUGCAGAGAUUACUCUUCACUUUACACGGCUCCUCUUGGAUUCCAUCUGCUUGAUGGCUAAUUAUCGAGCAGAUCGAUACUAACGGUUAGCAUUCGGUCGGCUAGCUUUUCAGAAAUGCUGAAAUGUUUAGACUAGCUUCGGUGAUGUUUUAGAUACAUUUAAGAUUUACAGAACAAAGGGAAUUGGGAAUGUAGUUCACGGUUCAACUAUAUCUACUGUUAAUUAUCUUAACUAAUCACCUUUUUUUUUUUUUUUUUUUGUUAAGCCCCUAGUUCAAUCGGUUUAUACAUCAUACUUUUUUUUUAAAUAUUUAUCAGCGGUUGUUUUUAUUACAGCAAGUCCAUGGUGUGUAUGAAAAACUGACGUAAAACACAUUACAUAUGGUUUAUUUGGUUGGUGGGGGAUUUCUUCUUGUCUUGAGUAGGCCAGGGGUGUGCGCGCGUUUUUUUUUUUUUUUUCUCCUUUCUGUUUGUGCUCUGCUUUUUUUUCUGUGUUAUGAUGUUGGUUACCAUAGAAGCAUUACUACGUAGCAGUGGGUCAUUGUUCAGAAAAGUAGAUGAAAAUUUCAUCUCUGUAGUCCUUUUGUUCAUAUCAGACGAACAUGUAUAUUCACAUACAGGUUAUAUAACUUGCGUUAUACACCUGCUUUUAUGUGGAUAUCAUUUCGCAAAGUCGGACGUCCACUACAUGUUCACGCACGCUGAAUUUUAACUUGCUCACGUCGAGUUAUUUAUAAACCUUAGCAUAUAGGGUUGAUUAUUAUUAUUAUUUUUUUUUUAUCCCCCACAUAAAUGCGAGAUUGCCAUUAUUUUUUGCCCAAAUGUAGUUAAUAAAGGGCUUUCUCUGUAUUAAAGACCCCCUGUUGUUUAAUAACACAAUCUGUUAUUAGAAAUAUAUUUGUUUUUUAGCCCAAGUAAAGUAUCAUCAGUGUUGUUGAUUCGAGUUGUCUCGAUCUGUCUUUUUUUUUUUUUUUUUCAUUUGUGACCUCUACUGGGGAUUCUGUGGUAGUACUUACCCGAGCGCUGGCGUGUGUUAUCAGAGCCUGGGUGUGUUCGUCUUUACAAACUCCGCCUCCGUUUGUUUAUCCUCAGGCGUUGGGGGUGAAGGGGAGAAGACGGCUUUAAAAUGAUGAUGCAUUUGAUAGACUUUGUGCUGACGAACAUCAAAUAAUAAAUAUUACGCAAUUGAUUAUGGAAAGAAAAAAAAACUAAAAGUUAUGCAAACUGUCAUCUCCAGGUUAUUUCUUUCACAGAUCGGAUAGAUCAGGUCUCGAUUUGCUGUUUCUCACUGUGUAUCACUCACGUUGUUUUGUUUAGUUGUUGUCCUCCCCCUCCCUUUGUUAUUUUGUCCUUUUAAUUAUGCAUUUAUCGUGGCGCACUAACCUCAUGAACAUGCAUAAACACCUUUUUACUUUCUCAUGUUAUGUCUGUAUAUUUACCAAACUGUCUCAUGUUACUGGGAGCAGGCUGCUUUUUAUGAAUGUGCUCAACCUUGUUGGCAUUAUAACUGUAUAAUAUAAUUUAUCAUUUGUUCUAUUGUAACAUAUUGUUCUGUAUCUUUUAUUUCUGUGUAAUGCUUUUUGUAGUAAAGUCACAUGAAAUUUUAAAUGCCAUCUAAAUCGCAGCGAGUGAUCAAGGACCUGUAGCUGCAAUGAUAAAAAAAAAAUAAACAAACUGUAUCACUGA